AUGGCUCCGCAAAUAGGCAAGCCCGUCUUCACGGCAGAAGAAGCGCAACCACACUCCGUCGCGCAUCAAGAUACAAUUACAAGACAACCAACCCUACAUCACCACGCGCAAGUCACAUCGGAUGCCGACGCCCUCAAGUUCAACGCAGCGGCGUCCACCCAGCUGCAUUUCACCCACGACCCUACUCAACCCACCGCACCAGACAGCGACAACGACGAACAGCAACUCAUCAUCUCUCCCUACAACGACAAGCACCACCUCCUCGACCUGCACACGCUAGACACGCCAAACCAACUCCUCGCACUGGCACUCACUUUGCUAAAGCCCAUACGGCCCGACUACGCCACGGCGCCAUACACGGAGUCCUUCAACUGGGACGCGGUGUUCGACUUCCUGCGCGACUUGGCCCGCGCGACAGGCCAUCACUGGAAAGAGCAAGAUUUCUACGUCGUCGAGUUCCGGUCUUGUCUGCGAGAGGAUGCGGACCCCGUUGCGCUGCAUGAGCUGGACGCGUGGUCGUUGCAGGAGGCAGUUGAGAGUGGGGGGUUGUUGAAGUAUUGGUUUGGGACGAAGAAUGGGAAGAAGGAGAAUCUUGCGACUUGUGUCUGGCGAAGUCGGGAAGAUGCACGGCUUGGAGGAGCUGGUCCAUGGCAUAAGCGGGCUCGAGGAGCUGCGCGGGAUCUGUAUGAGCGGAUUAACUUCACGACGAUGCGGCUUAUUGUGGGGGAUGAGGUUGGGUCAUGGGCGAUCACCGAGUGGGUGGAUGAAUAG